GUCUGCGAUAAUGUAGUCUACUGCUGGUUAAUAACUACCUAACUUUGUGCGUUUGGGGCCCAUGCGCCUCAGACAUACAAAGAGGCUUGGAUCUCAUCUGAUCUGAUCUCAUCGCAUCUCAUCUCACCUCAGCGGGAUGUCUAGUGUCGGGGGCUGAUCCUUAGUGGCGUCAUUCUUCUUCAUGCUAACCUCUCAAAUAUUCUUGUCAUUCUUCUGCUUAAUUGCAUAUCUUCAGUUGUCUCCUCCUUUUAGACGCAAUUAUUUGUUGCCAGCGGAGAACCCUUGUCAUUGUAGCUAGACACCACACUUCCAAUAUCACUGCGGUUGUAAUUGUUCUAUUGAAUUGGCUUGAUGGUCCUCAAAAACCUGCGUUGAUCUGUACCGCAUACGUGAGCAUGCAUCGUAACCUUAUAGCGUGGUCACACGUUAUCGGCCAUUGAUCCAAAUGGUUGCUGCUUAUUACUUUUCUAAGUCUCUGGUGGAACUCAGUGUCUCUUUGGACGUCAGACACAUGCUGUGGCGCUCGGUUUCCACUAUUUCUGCACGUAGCCUUUCGACAUCUGCGAAGAUGGUUCGAUUCUCCUAUAAAGACAAGGGGUUGAUUGGACCCGAACAGUAUGGCUUCGAUCCGGACAAGAAGCCAAAUAUCAAUGUUUCUCUCCUAAGAUGCAAGACACAGCCUGAAGCACCCUGGAUUGUCGUAUCGAAUCCCGCAAGUUGUAAAUCCACAUCAAAUAGUUGGCUGGCCGCUUGGGCGAGGAAUGGAAUCAUUGAGUGCCAUUCCGACCCGGAAAUUACUUGGUUAGCAGCCCAAGUGGCCAGUGCCAACCUGCAAUGCUCUGUCUUUUACCGAUGGAUGAGCCGGAUCUUGAGUCAUAUGUUCCGUUACUGCACCAUACCCUGCAUUUGGUGGACCUUACCUCCGUAGCUCUGUACACUGGACACAUAGAAUUUCAGUAUAGAUUGGUGCCUGACGGUUGAUCAAUGCGUUGUUGCUAACGCUGCUCGAUCUUUGUGAGAGAUGCACUUUACCGACAGG